UUUUAUGAAUUGGUAUUGUAUUACUUUAGGUUAAUUAUUUUGUAAACUGGAUUUAAUCAUCGUGGUUUGUUACCUAUUUCAAUGGAGUUUGAGUAUGAUUAUGAAGAGGAAGAUCCUGCUGAUUAUUAUGAAUAUGAUUAUGCUGAUCUCAGCCAAGAGAUUGGCUUCCUAGAAGAUGAUGAAGAAUGGGUAGAAGAGAAUGAACAAGAAGGUAAUGGGGAGGGCGGGCUGAGUGACUUGACUGCUGCAGAGUUGCUGGAGUUUUGCGUGUGGCCAACCCUGUCCUCUACAGCUCCACACCUUACAGCUCUUCUGUUGUGGGUGCUCAUCUUUACCUUGGCUACUCGCUCAGUGCGUGUACCGGCUUGCGUAAGCCACGCUCUGAGCUGCAUCAGUGGCUGUGGCCUGGCAUGGCAAGUGUUUGGGUGGCGGUCCCUCUACUUAGGUGGCCAGGUGGUGGCCGGCUGCCUGAGUGUUGCUGUAGUGUCACUGCUGUCCAAGUUGCGCGUCUCGGUGAUGCAGCGUGCAUGGCCGUGGCUUAUCACGUUGCUCUGCCUGGCAUACCUCCUGGUCUGUGAACUUUGGUGGGUGGAGGCGACAGUAUGGCAUUCCAUUCGCGGCGCUCAGAUGAUCAUCCUAAUGAAGAUCUUAUCCUUUGCUCACGACACGUUCUCAACAAGCACGAGCAAUGAUGGUGAUAAAAAAUCGCUUCCUGAAUCUCCUCAAGUAAAACAGUCUUCACCUAUAGUCCAAGAUGAUCAUUCAGUUGAUGGUGAGACCGACUCUUUAGAUGACACUAUUUCUGCAAAUUUAGAGAAACCAGCUUUCGACAAUCCUAAAAUACAACGUCCAACAAAAGCCAACAGUGUGUCAGGUGAUCUCUCUGCUUCUACAGUGAAGAAUUCUAGCCAUGCAGACUUAGUCAAUAGAAAAAUUCCGAAUGCCAGGUACAAGUCUAGUCAUUCAUCUCAAUCAGACACUGAGCAAGUCUGCGUUGCUGCUGCGGAUGCAAAUCUGUCAUUGUGGUGCAGCGUUGGUCACGGCGUUGAGUUUUGUGGGUACCUGCUGCAUCCAGGCUCCCUAGUGUUCGGCCCCUGGUGCUCCGUGGACACAUACCGUCAGAUCCUGCAACCCAUGAGCUGGAACUUGGCGUGGCUGCUUAAAGUCUUCGGCAACCUCUUCCUGAGCUGCACCUGCCUCAUUGCCUCCACCUGCCUCGCUGCCUGGCUUGUGCCUGCCUCAUCAGCCAGAUGGUCUCUGGCAUACCGUGACGCGCUAUCGUUCCGCCUGAGCCACUACUUCGUGUGCCACAUGAGCGAGGCCUCGGCCCUGCUGGGGGGCCUGCACGUGGGGCCCGUGGCCCGGGCCCACCACAUAGAGCUUCCUCGAUCCAUGCUCUCCGUCGUCACCUAUUGGAAUGUCCCCAUGCACACCUUCCUCAAGAAGUACGUGUUCAUGCGGGUGCGUGGUGCUGUGGGCGUGUGGUGCGCAGUGCUGUGCACCUACUCCACCUCGGCCGUCAUUCAUGGCCUCAACGGGCAGCUGUGCCUCGUGCUCCUCAGCCUCGCCGUCUACACCCACGCCGAGCACCGCCUGCGCCUCAAGCUGGCAUCCGCCUUCAGCGCCUGCGUCCUGGCCAGACCUUGUGGCCUCUCCUGCACCCACCUUAAUAAGGGUUACAGCGUGAGUAGCCUGACGAUCAACACAUUAAUGGGCGCGCUGUGCAUGUGGCAUCUCGCGUACCUCGGCGUCAUGUUCGACUCAGGACCUGACAGCGUGAGCGGCUACAGCGUCGGCCACACCCUCGCCAAGUGGGCGAAUCUUGGUUAUGCCAGCCACUGGGUCGUCCUGGCCACUUAUGUCUUCACUUCUCUGGUCUAGUGGCUGCGCCAGCCACUGGGCCAGGGUCGUCCUGGCCACUUAUGUCUUCGCAUUUCUGGUCUAGUGGCUACGCCAGCCACUGGGUCGUGCUGGUCACUUAUGUCUUCGCUUCUCUGGUCAUCCAGGGAAGCGAUCCUCAUCCCUUCGCUUCCUGGCUCAUAUUAUAGAGGUUUCAUGAUGCUGGUGUUGUAUCUUUUUGUAAAUGCAAAUAUAUAUAAGUUCAACUUUGACACUGCGUUAGUGUUUUGAAAAGAUGAAAAGUGGAAUCAACAUCGGGAAACUUCUUACUGCGAAUAUACACAUUUCUUCCUAUUUCUUUAACCUGAAGUUUCUAUAUGAGUUUGAGUCAUGUCUCGAUACGAGUUAUUUAAAAAUGUUUC